CAUAAUGUUGUUGUGUUUCUCUCAUACAGCAAAAAAAUGAUAAACACAUCGAUACAAAUUAUGAGAUAAUAGAUGUAGUGAUACUUAAAUCUUAUCAAAUCGAAAUAAGAACUAUAUAAGUCACGUUUUCACGACGGUUACACGUCAGAUGUCUUUUGAGUUAAAAGUAAAAGGUAUUUUUGGAAAUAAGGUUAUUUUAAUAACUGGUGCCAGUUCCGGCAUUGGAACUGAUGGUGCUGUUCAUUUGGCUAAAAAAGGUGCUAUGGUUAGCCGCAAUCAAGAAAAUUUGAAUAGUGUUAGCGAUAAAAUAAAAAGUUUCGGUGCGCCAAACCCAUUGAUUAUUGUCGCUGAUGUAACAACUGAUGGUGAAAGAAUAAUUGAAGAGACUGUCACUCAUUUUGGAAGAUUGGAUGUCUUGAUUAACAAUGCUGGCAUUGUGGCGUGUAAUUCAAUUCAAACAAUAAAAUUGCAUGAAUUCGAUCGCAUCAUGAAUGUAAAUGUUCGUGCUAUUCAACUUUCACAAUUGGCUGUUCUACAUUUGGCAAAAAGUAAUGGCAACAUUUUAAAUGUUUCGAGUGUAUGCAGUACAGUUUAGCAUACUGCGUAUCAAAAGCUGCAAUGGAUCAAAUGACAAAAUGUGCUGCAUUAGAUUUGGCUUCAAAAGGCAUACGGGUUAAUGCCAUCAAUCCC